AUGCCCAACCCAUACAGCGGCAACGAAAAGGCGGCGGCCUUUGUCAACUACUACGCCUCCCCACAUAUGGUGAGCAGCUCCGUCAAUCGGCUCUACUACGGCGGGGUGGAGCGCAAGAAGCGGGCGGAGGCGCGUGCGAUGAAGGAGGCGUACCCACCGACCCCCUCAGCUCGCCGCUCCCCCGCGCAGCUGGAGGCGUACCUGCACAACUGCGUGCAGGGCGAGCUGUUGCGCCGACAGCAGCACCGGGCUGCGCUGCAGCAGGAGCUGUACCCAGACACUGAGGAGACGCCGCGCUACCUCUCCAGCAAGGAGAUGACACAUCACAUUCACCAUGUCUACGAUGAGCCGCUGAAGGUGCGCAGGGCACGGGCGGAAGAGCUGCGCCGUAUCUUCGGUACAAACAAAGACGCUGAGGAGGUCAAGAAGGAGACGGUCUAUCAGUACCAGCGUCUGCCAGCGUCCUCAGCGCGAGCGUUUGCGGGGUCGUCGCCGAGGACGCCCUCCUCGGCCCAGUACAACAACCGCGGCAACACUGAGGUCGACACCGUUGCCAAAUACUGCAAGCAACUAGAGAAAGGGUGGCGGCCGCCCUCGGCGUCGACCGAGUACGACGACAAUCGGCGCCUGCUCGUGUCUCAGUAUGACUACCACGCGGAUCCGCGCAAGUACACAGAGCUGACGUUGAAGCCACGGCCGCUGACGGGGAAGGAGCGGGCAGCACUGCAGGUGCGGCUGGAGCUGCUGUCCCGCCCGACUCGAAUAAACCCGCCUGUGGUACAGAAUGAGGAGCAGGGAGGUCCGCCGCCGUUCCGUGUGAGUCGAAAAAUUCGCUAUGACGACUGA